GUGGUGAACUGGGGAGGCGGCGGCCUGGCCUGGCCUGGCCUGGCCUGUCAGGGCGCGGGUGGCGGCGGCUCUAGCACCAUGUCCCUGCAGUACGGGGCGGAGGAGACGCCCCUCGCCGGCAGUUACGGUGCGGCGGAUUCGUUCCCAAAGGACUUCGGCUACGGCGUGGAGGAGGAGGAAGAGGAGGCGGCAGCCGCGGGUGGUGGGGUUGGGGCGGGGGCCGGCGGAGGCUGUGGCCCCGGGGGCGCUGACAGUUCCAAGCCAAGGAUUCUGCUCAUGGGGCUUCGGCGCAGUGGCAAGUCCUCCAUCCAGAAGGUGGUGUUUCAUAAAAUGUCACCCAACGAGACCCUCUUUUUGGAAAGUACCAACAAGAUUUAUAAAGAUGACAUUUCCAAUAGCUCCUUUGUGAAUUUCCAAAUAUGGGAUUUUCCAGGGCAAAUGGACUUUUUUGACCCAACUUUUGACUACGAGAUGAUCUUCAGGGGAACAGGAGCUUUGAUAUAUGUCAUUGAUGCACAGGAUGACUACAUGGAAGCUUUAACAAGACUUCACAUUACUGUUUCUAAAGCUUACAAAGUUAACCCAGACAUGAAUUUUGAGGUUUUUAUUCACAAAGUUGAUGGUCUAUCUGAUGAUCACAAAAUAGAAACACAGAGGGACAUUCAUCAAAGGGCCAAUGAUGACCUUGCAGAUGCUGGGCUAGAAAAACUCCACCUUAGCUUUUAUUUGACUAGUAUCUAUGAUCAUUCAAUAUUUGAAGCCUUUAGUAAGGUGGUACAGAAACUCAUUCCACAACUGCCGACCUUGGAAAACCUAUUAAAUAUUUUUAUAUCAAAUUCAGGUAUUGAAAAAGCUUUUCUCUUUGAUGUUGUCAGCAAAAUCUACAUUGCAACAGAUAGUUCUCCUGUGGAUAUGCAGUCUUACGAACUCUGUUGUGACAUGAUUGAUGUUGUAAUUGACGUGUCGUGUAUAUAUGGGUUAAAGGAAGAUGGCAGUGGCAGUGCUUAUGACAAAGAAUCUAUGGCAAUUAUCAAGCUGAAUAAUACAACCGUCCUCUAUUUAAAGGAAGUGACAAAAUUUUUGGCACUGGUCUGCAUUCUUAGAGAAGAAAGUUUUGAACGAAAAGGUUUAAUAGACUACAACUUCCAUUGUUUCCGAAAAGCUAUUCAUGAGGUUUUUGAGGUGGGUGUGACUUCACACAGGGGCUGUGGUCACCAGACCAGUGUCCCCAGCUUGAAAGCAUUGGCACACAACGGCACACCGCGGAACGCCAUCUAGCCUGAGUUCCAGUGGUCGGGGCUCUGUGCCGGCUUACUCUUCACUCCAGGGUCAGAUGCCGCGUGCUACAGGACAUGGGAGUUGCUGCUUGUGGGAAUCUGGUGCCUGUCCCACUAGAGACGAGGGGUAGAGUUUCCAUUUGGACGAAAACCCCUUCAAUCAGUGGUGUACAACUGAAACUACUAUUUCUUCUUUUUAAAAAAUGGCAAAAAAAGAAUUAUAGAAACCACAACUCAAGUGUGUGUUUCUCCUCUUUGGGGUCCUACUUUAAGUAGUUGGGAUAUAUUGGACUGGAGAUAACACCACUUACCCAUCCUUACCAGGGAAUGUUGCCAUCAUUUAUCAGUUGAAAAUAAUAGAACUGAGUUUUUAUAUGCUUCACUUAGGUUUUCAGUUGAGUAGUCUCUAAAAAUGCUGCCUUGCUUAAGUUCUAACACUGCCUCCGAUUUCAGUUUUGGGCAUUGCAUACCUAAGACCUUUUAAAUGCAUUUGCUUGCUAACUCAGAAGACUCAUGGUCUGACUACAGCAAAGGACAUUCCUGUAUUUGUUACCGAAGAAAUGAGAAAAUUUUAUGCUGCAUCAGGUCAAGGGCAAAGUUCAACAGUGGAAGUACUGAGGAAAAAAUUUUUAAACAGAAGAAAAUUUUUGCGCCUGUGUUUUGGGUACCAGAUAUCUGGAUUCUUUCUCCUGCAUAAGAUAAAUGAUCAUGAUCAAUAUAGCAAAAGGAAUUUUUAAAAAUUGUUUCCCCCACAAUCUCCUCUCUCUAGGGAAGGAACUCAUUAUGUCAUUGAAAUAGUUAACUCAUUUUUCUUUAAAUUUGAUACCAGCAGCUACAUACCUUUUAUUUUAAGCUGUCUAGAUUCCUUAAGUACUGCUGUUUUAUUGACUAUGAAUGACCCUAUGGCACUGGUGGACUGUCCUCUGGGAGUUGGAGAGAGCACGUGGCACCACACAUGUGUUGUUCAGCAUUCUUUGUCUCCAGUAUUCUGACACCAGGUGUCAACUGUGGUACUUUCUUCGCCUAGCAUAUUAAUUCAUAACUGUUUCUUUUUGUUGUUGGUUGAUACCCUGUCUAUUGAUUUAAACUUACACAUUAUUUUUACUCCACAUGCCCAGUAGUCGUAUAUUCCAAAGCCACUGGACCACUUGAGUACAUAAGUGCCACUGUUUAAUGAAAUAUGUAUAUUCAGGUCUGUAAACCUGACAGUGUGACUUGGAGUGCUUCCUGCAGGUGACUGACUGCUGAGUAUUUACAUGGACCAUGGUGAUAUCCAAAAGAAAAAUGCUUUUAUAUUUAUAGAUUAUUUCAUUGAACUAUAUAAAAUGGGUAUCAAUAAAUGUAUUUACACCAAAAUUAGUUUUUUUUAUUUGCCUAAG